AUGGCGAAGAAGGAAAACUUGCUUUUAAUUAUCAAAUUCAUGAUCACGACCCUCUUCUUGUUAUUGAAUUUUGUUGGUUUUGGUGUAGCUGCGGGGUCGUCGGAAGGGGGCAAAGGAAGAUGGCAGCUCCUUCUAAACAACACUGGGGUGGUAGCUAUGCAUAUGGCAUUAACUCACCACAAUGCUGUCAUAAUAUUUGACCAAACGGGAGCAGGCCAGUCUGGGUACAGACUUCGCCGGCGAUAUAAUGGAGCAAAGUGCAGAGGCAACCGUGAUGACUUAGAAGACUGGUCUUGCUAUGCUCAUUCUGUUGAGUACAGCAUUUCAGACAACAGCAUUAGGCCUCUAAGACUUGAUACCGAUCCCUGGUGCUCUUCGGCUGCUUUUUUAAGCAAUGGGACGCUCAUACAAACUGGUGGAUAUGGCAGUGGUUCACGAAGGAUUCGAUACUUUAGGCCUUGUAAAAGAAGCCGUUGCGAUUGGAAGCAAUCCAAGCGGGCAUUACAUGAUGAACGCUGGUAUUCUUCAACUCAAAUACUACCUGAGAAUGAUCGGGUAAUGGUUGUAGGAGGAAGGGGGGUCUUCACUUAUGAAUUUGUUCCCAAACCGUCUUCUAGAGACACGUCCAUUGAUCUUCCAUUCUUACACCACACUAAUGACAGGCAUUCCAGAGGAAAUAACCUCUAUCCCUUCCUCCACCUCGUUUCGGAUGGCAAUUUGUUUAUUUUUGCCAAUCGGGAAUCAAUACUUUUCAAUUAUAGAAUGAACCAGGUGGUCAAAACUUUCCCUCGGAUUCCCGGCGAUGGUGCAAGAAACUAUCCAAGCUCAGGCUCAUCUGUAAUUCUCCCUUUGGACUACACAAACAAUUUCCAAAAUGUGGAAGUCAUGGUGUGUGGAGGUGCAGCCUCGGGAGCUUACAGAACCGCAGAACAAGGGAGAUUCUUGAACGGACUUCGCUCUUGUGGGAGAAUGGUGAUCUCAGGCAACAGACACAAAUGGAAUAUGGAAAACAUGCCCGGUCCCCGUCUCAUGAACGACAUGUUGAUUCUUCCAACUGGGCAGAUCCUGAUAAUCAAUGGUGCAAAACGUGGUUGUGCAGGAUAUGGCAAAGCAGCAAGCCCCUCUCUUCAACCAUACCUCUACAAGCCAAAGCAAAUACUAGGCAAAAGAUUUUCAGUCCUUAGAGCCACUAAAAUAGCUAGAAUGUAUCACUCAUCCGCUACACUUUUACCUGAUGGUAGGAUCUUAGUCGCCGGCGGUAAUCCUAACAAUAGGUACACUUUCACAAAUGUGACCUACCCAACUGAACUAAGGUUACAAGCAUUCGUCCCCCCAUAUAUGGACGAGCAAUAUGAUACCCAGAGGCCUGCCAAUGUGUCAAUAAACUAUAAUAACAGCACUUAUGGUGUAACAUAUGGAGAAAAGUUCAGUGUUCAGUUCUUGCUGGCAAGGAGACCUAGCAAUGUGGUUGAGUUUACUGCAUAUGCACCACCAUUCACUACACACGCGGUUUCAAUGAAUCAGAGGAUGUUAAAACUGAGGUGCAGAAGUUUGGUUAGGGUGGAGGAUGGUUGGAUGAGGGCAAAUUUGGAGGCACCUCCAUCUUCUAAUGUUGCACCUCCUGGUUAUUACAUGCUAACAGUUGUUAAUGGAGGAAUUCCUAGCAUAUCCCAAUGGGUUAGGUUCAAACCUGCAUGAUCCCUUUUAUAAUAAUGGAUUUUCUUUUUUAAUUUUGGGUAAAGAAAUUAGGGUUCUGUUGCAAAACAUUUUGUAAGAAGAAUUACAUUGAUGGUAUCU